ACGGAAGAAAGAACCGCCACGUUGUUCAUUCGGACCAGUCUUUAUUCGCGUUUAUAAUAAUUUCGCAUUAAUGUAAUGCUGUUUAUAACGCAGAAGGAAUGCGUCUCACAGUAAUUCCUUUAUUAUUCCCUCGGAUUCUUCUUGGUUAAUUAAUUAAGCGCAUUGAAUGCGCGGAGAGAUGAUACAUUUUAUUUUGCAUCGCGUCAAGGAAAAAAAAAUAGUGAAAAUGAAGUGUGUCGGAAAAGUGAUCGACGCGAUAAUCGACAAUUUUACCAACAUAAACAUCUGCUGAAGGAAGAUUGAAACAAAGCAGAGUGUGUCAAACAAAUAUCUCGUUAUUUAAUAAAGCUAUCGAACUAAAUAUUUAAUGAAACAAUUACUCGAACAAGAUUAGACAGACAAGCAGUUAAUGAGUUUUAGCUAAUGAAAUGAGAGACUAUUAAUAAAACGGUAAAUGAAUUGUAGGCAGCAGCAUGAGAUUAGAGACAACUGAAAUAAAAUGGUUAAUAAAUUGCAAUCGAUAAAAACUAAAGCGGACUGAGAAAUCGAUUGGGAAUGUGAUCGAAAGCUGUAAUAAAAGAAGAGUGUAAAGAGACAAAGAGAUCGAUUGGGUGUGACGUUUGAGAUGUCGAGGAGGUGCGAGAACACGUCCUACACGCCAGUUAAGGAUUCCGUUUUCGAGCUACGCACGCGGAUGGCCCGGAUGCUGUCUAUCGUCGAGAUUACCUCACAGAGGAAUAAUCCGAUGGCGCGUCAGGAUGGCAGAGAUGCCGCGGAUCAGAACUUUGAUUAUAUGUUUAAACUGCUGAUAAUCGGCAACUCGUCUGUUGGCAAGACUUCCUUCCUCUUUCGCUACGCAGACGAUUCUUUUACUUCAGCUUUUGUGUCAACCGUAGGGAUCGACUUUAAGGUGAAGACCGUCUUCAGACACGACAAAAGGGUCAAGUUACAAAUCUGGGACACGGCGGGUCAGGAAAGAUACAGAACGAUCACGACGGCCUACUACAGAGGCGCGAUGGGUUUCAUCUUAAUGUACGAUAUCACAAACGAGGAGUCCUUUAAUUCAGUUCAGGAUUGGGUCACGCAAAUAAAGAACUACUCGUGGGACAACGCCCAAGUAAUUCUUGUGGGCAACAAGUGCGAUAUGGAAGAGGAAAGGGUAAUUAGUACCGAAAGGGGAAAACAGUUGGCGGAGCAAUUAGGAGUACGAUUCUUCGAAACUUCGGCCAAAGAGAACAUCAACGUCAAGGCGGUGUUCGAGCAGCUGGUGGACAUAAUAUGCGACAAGAUGAGCGAAUCUUUGGACAAUGAUCCAACCCUGAUGGGGGCGGGCGGUAUGGGUCAGAACAAGGGCCAACGACUCACCGAUCAGCCGACCAAUCCAGCGAACACUAACUGUAAUUGCUAAAAAAAAUGCGACGACACGCAGAAGAAGGAGAAAAAACCGAGAGAUCGUAUUUUGUGCGUGUGUCUGCGCGCAUGUGUGCACGUGUGUGUUACGUGUGUUAGAAAAAGGGAGAAAGAAGGAGAGAGAGAAAAAUAGAAAGAAAGGAGAAGGAAGUGUCGUGUGCGACGCUGGUGUGUUAACUAGUCCAUUUACUUCGUCGUUCCCCCUCGUUAUUUAUUUUAAAAUUUGACUUUCGUUCUCACCUGUUUUCUUUCACCCUUUCUCGACGCGAGAUGAUAUAUAUGAAUAAUGUACGCUAUAAAUAUAUAU